AUGACUACUGUUGUUGAUAGUAUGGCUCUUGCUGGCAAACUCGUGGAUGAUGAUGAUGAUCUUAUUAACCUCAUUCUCAAUAGUCUCAGACACGCGUACGAGAGCGCUGUCAACUCUAUUCAGUCUCGUGACCCUCCUAUAGCCUUAGAUGAUGUUAUUACCUUUUUAUUGACUGCUGAGACUCGUAUGGCUGAUUACACCUCUUCCAUGACAUCUAAUUCUACCACACAAGUGUUUUAUGCUAAUCGUGGCCAUGGCUUUUCCAACCGUAGGUUCUCCUUUUCAUGUGGUGGUCAUCGUGGAGGAUUCUCUGGCUCUUGUUGUGGCUUUUCUGGCCCUGGUUCUUCUCUUGGUCAGGGCAUCCUUCCUCUUCCUCCCAAGCUACAUCUUCCGUGCCUGUUGCUGCUAGUCGUUGUGGUUUCUCCUCUCCGUCUUAUGGUUCAUCUCCUGGUUUUCAUGAUCGUUGUUAUAACUGUGGUGAAUGUGGUCAUAUGGCUCGUUAUUGCGCUAGCCCUCAUGUUGCUCCCCAAGCCAUGGUUGCCUCUCAUACUCCCGCUCAGUCAUCUACUUGGAUUACUGAUAGUGGUGUCUUCACUCCCAUAA